GUUGUCUAGUUGCUUCUGGCAAUUUAUCGUCGGUUCGAUUUUGUUCUAUCAUCCAUGUUCGUCACAAUAACAUUUUUUUUUUAUGUGGAACCGUGACAUAAGGGGUACAUAUAUAUUUUAAACUGCGACAACACUACUAGAGAUUUAUAAUUUGCUGGUAUCUUUCUAACUUGCGUUGAAGAGAAGAAGUAUUAAUUUUUUUUAAAUUGUUUAAUACAAAAGAGCCUCAAAUGGCUGAGGAAAUAGAUGACAGUGGCUUUUAUAGACAAGAUUUUAGCACAGUUUCCGACUGGGAAGUUUUUAAUGCCCAGUUAGGAGAUAUUAUUCAAAAGUUAAAUGCAAUUGAAAUUGAUGCUACAAGCAAAGUCGAUACCUAUCCACUUAACUAUAAAGUAUACACAGAAACUUUUUUACUACAUAAAGAUAAAAUUUCUGUAAGUUUUUAUUAUUCCACAAUCUCUGAAGAUCGAGAGAGAAUUUCCAAAGGAGACAAAAAUUAUAACUCGAUGUAUUACGAUCUUAUGAAUGUUAAGCGAACUUUCGGUCCUCCGUUUAAAACUUCUGAUCGUGGAUGUUUACAUGUAAUAUCUAGUUUAUUUGGAUUGCGACGGUUUGCGGUCAUCCAUCCACAUCAGUCAAAUUCAAAAUAUAUUACUAAUUCCGCUGAAUUUUGUUUUUUUCUCAGUGCUGCUACGAUUGUGGCUGCGGAAUAUUGCACGGUGCCAAUAUUUGUACAAAUUUAUGAUCCAAAGUUAAAUAUUUUUUUUGGUGUUGGAAUGAAUGCCACGCUACGCACUAAUUUUGAUAUUAUCGUUCUUAAACAGUCGCCUAUCGACUGCCGUUACUUAUCUGGCUUACUGCAAAUUUUUAAAGAAAAACUUUCGUUGAGUAUUGUGCAACCCAUUUCAUUAUCAGUACGAAAUAUAUAUGCACUGCCAACUAUACGGUUUAGUUAUGCAAUGAAUGUCCCAUUUCAAAAAAUUUUCGAUGGAAAUGAUAAAGACAAAAGUUCGUAUAAAAAAAUAGCCCUACCAUGUGGUUAUAUCCCAGAUUCGGGUACAGAUGUAUACUUUGUCUAUAGUUGGGUCGAAAUUUCGGAAAAUUUUGCAAUAGAUUCGCCAUUCCUUACUGACUUUAUACCUUCAAAAGCGCAUAGUUGUAAUAUGUACCAAACAGCAAACGUUGUUUCCUAUUUGACGAGUUGUUUACGAGACUUUUUAAAGUUAUAUAAUAGUAAAGAAGCCUUAGAAACAUUUGUAGGACGGGAUGUUACUAAUAUGGCAGCUUCACUACAUCACUUGACAGACCCUCAUAUGAAUAUCAAUGAAGGUUUUCAGAAUUUAAAGAAAAUUGCUGGACCAUUAAAUGAAUCUGAACUGAAGUCAUUUAUAGCAUUUAUGUUCCCAGAUUUAUACCCAGAUAACGAUAAUUAUUCCAAUAUAAAUGAUAUAAUGACACUAAAUAUUGAGUGUAAUACCCACCGGAUAAAAUCAUCGCCAUUUAACUCUUUAGCCAGCCGUCUUAGCUGCGUACUAGCUACUUGUAAUGCUCAUUUUGGUGGGAAAAAUGGACUUGCCCAGCUUUGGAUUGCAUUUAUUAGGGAACUCCGAUUUAUAUGGAAUUUUAGACUAUCUAUUCAAGGAAUGUCAGGCGGGUUUCCUGAUACACGUACUUGUCUGUUAAACCAAAAACUUCAGAUGCUGAACUAUUGCAUUGAGCGUUCCAAAUGUCGAAAGUAUGGAAGCAAAAAAUGUCUAAGCGACAUGGGUAGUGAUACUGAUCCUCAAGGUCUAAAAGUAGUGGGUUCCAAUUUCAAAGAAGUUUCAGAUGAAGCAGGCGAUGAAGACGAAGACGAGUUUUUUGACUGUACAGAAUAUGUUCCAGAAGGGCGCGCGAAGAGAUUAGGGGAUGAAAAUAUAUUGGAUAGUGAUGAACCAUUGUACAUUCCUAUAACGCAAGAUCCUGUACCAAAAACAGAGGAUGAACUGCAAGCAGAUGCAGAGGCCAUGCUUAAACUGGGAUCAGGUUCAGGUUUGAAGAUUCAGAUGAUGUCAUCUUCUUUACUCUCUGAUAUGGAGGCAUUUAAAGCAGCAAAUCCAAAGGGAAAGAUGGAGGACUUUAUACGAUGGUAUAGUCCGAAGGAUUGGGAAAAAGAUGAUUUUGGAGUGGGACAACUGAGUGUGCGCAUGCGAAUUCCAGGCAAUACUUGGCAAACAGUGUGGAAACAGGCACAACCGGUUCCAGCUACCAAACAGAAACGUUUGUUUGAUGAAACAACAGAAGCGCUAAAGGUUCUAUCCUAUUUAGAAACCAGGAAUAUAGCUGAAAUCUAUGAUUUGGUUAUAAUAACGGUACUGCAUGCGGCGAUAAUAAAGUUUAAGGAUAUUUUACAAACAGAGAAAAUAUUAGACCUUUUCGAAUAUAAAAUUGAAGCCUUACUUACUGACUUAUGCCUCAUAUCACGCGCUGUUGAGAUUAUUGGCAUAGAAGGUUCUGAUAUUCAACAAACAAAAUCACAAUUUGAAAAUCUAAUUAAGAAACUUGAAGAAUAUGAAGUUCAGUUCUACCAAUAUAAAUGCUUUGAACAACUAACAGGGUACCCAAACAACAUAACCUUCGAAGAAGCUAAAUGCAAAUUUAAAGAAAUUAUUGAAAAUCAAAACAGUUGCAGCAUAAAUAGUGCAGAGGGCAUCGGCAAACAUAUUAUCGCAUCCAAUGGGGGUGAAUUGCAUAGCAAUUUAAUAAUGAAAGAAUAUGUUUUGCGAGUGCGAGAGAAUGUAGCAACAGGACCACAUUUCUUGCGGGCUGUUGUAACAGGCGAAGAAGUACGUUUAUGCGGUGCCUUUACCGAGAACACCACACUUAUUUAAGGAUAUACUUUUAAUUCAAAAUACAUAUACAUAUGUAUUUGUAAUAACAUUUUAUUUUUUCAAAUUUAAUUUAAACUUAAUUCCGACCACUAGGCUACUCAUAGUCUUUAAGGACACGAUAAAUAAAUUUUUAUUUUU